UUGUGUAUAUCCCAGGAAUGAUUCUCAAAAGAAAAGAAAAAUCCAGAGUCUCGUGAAAAAUGUGAUUUAUAUCCAUUUGAUCUUAAGAACAACAAAUAAGGGUGACCACAACAUGAUCUACUAUUGCUAUAAGUAGAGCUCACAUUGCACAACCCAGAACCAAAAGAAAUUUCAUUGUUGCAGCUGAAAUCAUCUUAUUAAUUAUGGCAACCAAGAUUCCUACCGGGUCCUUCACUGUUCUUCUCUUCUUUGCAAUUGUUAACAUGUCAAAGACGGCAACCGCUAAAUGGGAUAUAACCGAAAUCGUAACGCUGAGUGGAAUUACCGGAGCAGAAAUAUGCAAGUCCGGUGACAUAUACAAUGUUGUUCUAUGUGGUCCGACACAUAAUUGCGGAUGCUGUACAAAUUGGUGUAAUGGUAAAUGUCGUGGAAUGGGUAGUUCAAUGAUAAAUCAAAAGUGCACACCAUUUAUAAACGCUCAAGGUUAUCCUACUUUAACAUGUGAGUGUUGCUGCAAAAAUAUGUCGCCUCCUCCCCCAUCACCACCACCUCCAUCACCAACCCCUCCUCCCCCAUCACCACCACCACCACCUCCCCAACCCUUUUGUUGUCCGGCAGAGAUGGAAGUUCAAGUAUCACCGGAUCAAGCACCGUGCAAGUACACUCUGUUAACACAACGUGACUCCAUGUCAUACACGGCAGUCCUGUAUAUUUGAAAAUCCUUGUAUAUUAGGAAAUUGUGUUUAUUUAGGAAAGAUAGUAUCUUAACCCUCAAGUUAGUUGUGCAUACAUAUAUGCAUUG